AUGCGCGACGGGAUCGAAUUGUGCGCGGAUGUUUUUCUGCCCCCGUCUGCCUCGAAGCAGGGUCAGAAGGUGCCAGUCAUCUGUAGCCUUGGUCCCUACGGUAAAGACAUCCCCGUUUUGGAGUUCGGGCUCCCCCAAACGACGAUGUAUGCCGACAUGUACCGGCAAAUCAAGCCGUUAGGACCUCAUGCCUGUUUUGAACUCCUUGACCCGCUCAUCUGGACGAAGGAGUACGGAUACGCCCUGUUAAGGGUAGACGGUCGCGGUGUAGGCGGCAGCCAAGGGCGUCUCGAUCCUUUUAGCUUGGAGCGUUCGAUGAGAGUCGGAACGGAUGCGGAGGGCCAAGACUUGUACGACGUAAUUGAAUGGGCUGGUACUCAGCCUUGGUCGAGCGGCAAAGUCGCUACCAGUGGCAUCAGCUACUAUGGUAUGAUUGGAUAUAUCGCUGCCAUGCAGAAACCGCCUCAUUUGACAUGCGUUGUUGCCUAUGAGGCAAGCCAUGAUAUAUAUCAAUCAACGCGCAGAGGGGGGAUUGGCGGAGAGAACUUUCACGCUCAUUGGUACAAGAACGUCGUCAUCCCAUACCAAAGCGGUAACGCAGACAGAAGACUAGAUGCGGCACAACUUGCUGCCAAUCGGGCAGACUACGUUGGACUUAUCCGGGAUUACGAGUAUCCCGACUCCGAUUUAUGGAAAAUAUUCAAGCAACGGAGGCUCUCUGACAUUGACGUUCCUCUCUACACUGCUGGCAAUUGGACAGACAGCGAGGUCCAUCUUCCAGGAAACAUCCUCUCCUUUAACAAAUCAUCCUCGAAAGAAAAAUGGCUGGAGAUGCAUACCGGAAAUCAUUUGGCGUGGUAUCACCAUCCUGAACACGUGGCAUUACAGAGAAAGUUCCUCGAUUACUUUCUACACGGCAUCAAAGACUCGGGAAUCCUCGAUAUACCUCGAAUUCGUUUGAUUCAGCACCACAGCGAAGGUUCUUUCUAUCGAGAGCACGAGGCAGCUUUUCCUCCCCCAGAUGCUGAGGAGCGGUCAUUUUACCUAACUCCAGAUAAGAAGCUAAGCCUUGCACGUCAGGCAGGACGAGAACAGGCUUUUGAGUACGAGGGGCUCACCGGCACGGUUACAUUUGAGCUUGACAGCACGUUUAGAGAACCGUUCGAGAUUCUUGGAACACCUUUCGUUGAAAUCCAAGUCAGUACCGAAGCAGAAGAUUCCGACAUAUUCCUGAGCCUUCGAGCUUUAGACGCAAAUGGAAAGCCUUUUAUUUUAGGGGGCAAUCACGGGGAACCCAACGAGCAUUUUGCGAAGGGUUACUUUCGCCUUUCCCACAGAGAGGAAGUUGAAGCUGGCUUUAACGAGUAUGAACGCGUGCCAUUCCAGCCACUCGCUCCACGUUCCAAAGUUGAGAAGGGCAAGGUUUACACCCUGACAAUUCCUUUUAAUCCCGCAGCCUUUUAUCUAAAGGCGGGUCAGAGCAUCUCUUUGGAGAUUGGUGCUCAAGAUACCGCUAGUACAAUACCACCGAUGAGGCACGACGGCGGGGAUAGAGUCGCUCGAAGAUUCGAGGGAAAAAAUACUCUCCUCUCCGGCGGAAGGCUUGUUCUGCCUCAGGUACAACGACCUCCACCUCCGAGUAUUUAG